UAGCCUUUUCUGACCAUUUCAAAUUUAAUUUUGAGAAUUCAGGGCAUUUUCAAGCUAUACUAAACCUAACCUACGAUGAACAGCUGUUAAUUACCACGAAAGUUACACUUGGAGUGGAAAAACACAAUCACAGCCUUCCCGAACUUUAUCAAAAUUGUAAAGAUAAAUACACAACCAUCGCGUUCUCCUUCUGGGAAGCUAAGGGCUGUAUUUCAAUUUUCAAGCGAUUCAAGUAACUAUCUGAGUUAGCUGUCAGAUUGAGCAACGAGCUGCCCCGAAAAAAAACAGAAAUCUCAGUUCGUUUGGAAGUCUAGUGUGAAGUACAGCGAACAUUAAGGAUUUUUCUCUAACUGUGCAGGAUGUCUACCACCGAGGACAUUGAUACCGAAAACAAAAGCAACGGCGACGACCUUGAGAGGAAGGUGGGCGGUGCAGAGAUCCCGCCACCUGCCGAACAGGCAUUGCCACUGCCACAGCCACCGCCCACUUCGCAACCCUGCCCGGCGAUAGAGCGUGCCACCAGCACUCUAGACACACGCCUCAAUCCGAAUGCCCCAGUGUUUGUGCCUCAAAUCAAGGCCGAACUACUGGCCAAUAAGCUCUAUGAUAGUUUGGGACCCUAUACCCGUUGGAGCACGGCCUCAUCGGAGGACAUAUCCUAUGGACCGCGUCUCGAUUCCAUUUGGCGGAUCAGUGUGGAGCAGUUACGUCCUAUCCCUAGUCCUCACAUGGAGGCUGCCGAACCCUACGAGGAGCAGAUGGUUGACCUUGAGCUGGACGAGGUUCAGGCUAUGAAUGUAGGGGCCGAAUCAUAUGACCCAAAGCUGAGUAGGAGUGCAACCAAUCCCAUUGCCCAUGCCGAGGUAGAGGUCAUUGAUAUUGUGGAAGAUGUGCAGCCAGAAGUGCAGCAACAGAAGCAGCAGCAGCAGCACCAGCAGCAGUUGCAGGAACAGACGCCGAUAGAGGAACAGAACAAUAGCGGCAAGGACAUUCAGCCGCGCAAUCCCAGACCAGGUAGCCGAUGUUGUAUUAUUAUGUAGGAAGCACAAAGUUACAAUUGUUCAUUUACAUUCAGUUUGUAUUUAAACAUUAAAAUGUUGCACUACGCUUUAA